AUGCCACGUACGAGAGCUGCACGGCGUUCUGCUACGGCAAAGGAAAGGAGAGGAUGUCAGCUUGCUACUACGUUUGCUCUGCCUCCAAGAAAACCCAAUGCCCGAAAAGGUUCUGGGGAACGAUGCCUUGCUGGAUCUUGGGAUGAAUCUGUUGUUCCCAAUAAGAAACACAAACUGUUUGUUCCUUCCAAAGCAACAGGGAAAAAGUUGGUACUUUUUGCUGGUGACUCGCAUCUACGUACCCUGGUCUUCAAUCCAUCCAUCUUCCCUGAAGAGGAAAAGGCCACAUAUGAACUUGCUUUCUCGUGCACGCCCGGGGCUACUGCAAGACAGCUACAGCAGCAGGUUGCUAAUGACCGAGAGACAUUAAGGAAUGCCCACAGAGAGCCAUCACUGUUGUGUUUGUUGGCUCCUUCCAACAUUCCAACGGAGCAACCAACUAUGGAACAGGCUGUACAAUCGUUUGCACACCUGUUAGAGUCUGUCAAAAUGUACUGGCCACAGAUUUGCGUUUUGGAUUUUCCACCACGUCUUAGCUUUGAUGAUGACUUCCAGGCAGCUCUUCGUCAAGCAUAUCACCGUGCAGCAGCUGAGUUGGGUUAG